GGUUUCCCUGGUCCGGGCAAGCGUGUCGUUGGCGGCCUUGCCCUCUCUGCCCGGCCCCGCUCGGGGCCUUUGCUCGGGAAGGGAAGCCUCGGAGCAGAGCCGCGGUUGCCGGCGGGGGCGGGAUGGGGGUCUGAGGAAGAGCCCCUCUGGGAGCCUUCAGCCCGGAGCCAGAGCAGCGCCCUCGGACCACCCCUUUCCCCCAGGGCCCGCCGCGGCCGAUGGCCUCCCGCAUCCUGCACCGGUUGCGCCACGCGCUGGCGGGGAACGGGGAUCAAGAGGGGCUGGCAGAGGGCUGCUCGGGGGCGGAGGAGUGUCCGGAGAGCUCCGAGCUGGAGGAUGACACCGAGGGCCUGGCUACCCGGCUGAGCGGGACUCUCAGCUUUACCAGCAAUGACGAGGAGGAGGAGGAGGACUACCAGGAGGGCGCCAGAGGAGCUAGAGAGAAGCCUGGGGGCCCCCCGGAUCUGGACCUGCCCGGAGAUCCUGCAGAGCAUGGAGGGCCCAGCUCCCCCUCGACAGAGCAACGAGGCAGCCACAUGCUCACGCGCCAGUUGCAGGAGCUCUGGCGGAAAUCGCGGGGAAGUCUCAUGCCCCAGCGCCUCCUCUUCGAGGUCACCAGCGCCAGCGUGAUCAGUGAGCGCAACUCCAAGUAUGUGCUCUACACCAUCUACUUGAUCCAGGCGGGGCAGUUUGACAAAGCGCCUGCCGCCGUCGCCCGCUGCUACUCUGACUUUGAGCGGCUGAAUCGACGCCUGCGUCGCCACUUCAGCAGAGACAUGGCAGGGGUCUCUUUUCCUCGGAAACAGCUGUGGCACAACUUCACACCUGCGACCAUCGCCAAGCGCAGCCGAGCAUUUGAACAGUUUCUCUCCCACCUGCACUCCUUGCCGGAGAUCCGCUGCUCUGCCACAUUUCUGGAAUUCUUCUUCCUAGAUAGCCUGCAGGGAGCGCAGCGCUUGACCAGCAGCGGCCUCUACCCUCAGGCCCUGGCUGCCUGGACAAACACACGGCGGGUGAGGGAGAAACGGGGCGCCUGCCACUCGGGGCAUUUCUUGCUGACGCUGGCUGGCCUGACGGUCUGCCACCAAGAGCUGGAGCAGUGGGACGAGGCCUACAGGGCCUGCCAGCAGGCCCUGCACCAGCUGGAGGGUCAGGAGAGCCACCCCCUCUUGGCUGCCUUCCUGCAGGCCCACAUCCAUCUGGCCUGGGUGCUGGGUAAGGACAAGCGGCAGGCUGAAGCCCACCUGCGUGGCCUGCAGGAAGCUGGGGGGGGCGAACAACAGCCUCCCGCUUUGAAAGAGCUGCUGGUCAAGCAGCCAUUGCCCUGAGUCUUUGCCAAGGGAGAAGAAGUGCUCGGGAAACGGGAGCACCAGAGGCAGGACCCACAGGGCGAACAGGAGGAAGCCAACGCUGCGCUAUGCACAUGCAGCCGUGAGCUCCACACCUCUGCUUGCAGAGCAGCAGGACGAGGUUUGGGGGAGGGCUGGUCCGUUCAGCUCAAGAACCAGAAGAGGCUUCUGGGAUGCAGAGCCACCAUCACCUGAAUCCUUCCAAGAAAAUGAGGCGAUGGCACUGCCACAUUGGGGUGGCACAAGCAUCUGUACAGUCGCUGGCAGAGGGGCGGCGAAGACCCCUCCCAAGAGGAUCCCUGCAGGCGGUUCCUGCUAGAUGGGAGGGAGGCCGUUUGGCGCUGGAAAAGGGAAGCUCGGAGGCACCCAGGCUGCUCUCUUGCAACCGGAG